ACAAUGCGCGCAUCAACUCAACAACUGUAAUAAAACAACGGCAUGUGCCGCCGCAACCAUCAAUGAUCAUGAAACAAGUAAGCAAUGGAAAGAAAAACGCGACAGAUCAUCAACACAUUGCACCGCACACAAAAACACACAUCUUUUUUUUUAUUCUAUUUUCACCUUUUGGAUACUACCCAAACGUAUUCCAAUGUAUAUAUAUCAUAUACACACACACAUAUGGCAUGCACAUCUGCAGAUCUUUUAACUUCAAUUGAACAGAAUUGAUUUAAAAUUCUUAGUGGAUAACAUUUUUAAAAAUAUAUUAAUUCUUAUAAUGUUUCUUAAACAUUCAUUUAGGGUUUAUCGGUCAGCAUUAUUACGAAAAGAGAUUCGUUUUUUAUCAAGUGACAAAAACAAUACAAAUGAUAAACAAGAUAAUGUUCAAGAAAAAGCAAAAAAAUCUCCGAAAUCUAGUACAAUUAAAGUUAAAGAUGAUAGGAAUGAAAAAUUAAAAUCAUUAGAGAAAAAGAUUGAAUCAUUUAAAUCAAUUAGUCCGAAUGAUAAAGAUACGAUCAAUAAAACGAUUGCUAAGCCUAAGAUUCAUGUGCGACAAAGUGCACGAUCAAAAGAAAAGGUUGAGGUUGUUGAAGAUCUCGAACCAAUGGAAAUUUUGGCUCGAGGUUUGGACAAAAGACUUGUCGAUGCAGCCAGAAGGGUUGCUAAUCGCAUGCCUAAACAUUCGUCCAAACAAACAGAAAAAGAACUUUUAAGUUCGAUACAAAAACAACGAAAAGAAACUGCCGAAGCAGCAAAAAAUAUGAUGACCUCAAAAGAAGAUAAAACUGAAAGCAUAAGCUACAAAAUUUUGUCUAGUAAAACUGAAUCGAAAAAAUUUGAUGAUCAAAUUGGUACCACUUCUAAAGUGGUUAGAAUUAAACUUCCUCAAGAUUCGUUUUCGGAUUUUUCGGAUCAAUCUAGACCUUAUCGAAAGCGAUCAAAAUCUUUAUUUUCCAAUGAAUGUCUCUCAAUUUUCGAUCCCAAAGGAAUAUAUCUAACCGAUCAAACUUAUAAAAAUUCUUUAUGGCAUAAAUUGGCUGAACGAGAAUUGGAAUUAUUUCUUGAAAGGCCACCGAAAAAUUUUUUCGAAGAAAUGAUCAAAUUGACUGAUGAUGGAAAAAUGUGGAAAUAUCCAAUCGAUAAUGAACAAGGUAAUUGUGUUGAAAAAAUGAUUAAAAAAAUUCGGAUGUUAUUAUUUUUUUUCAAAAAAAUAACAAUUUCAAUAGGUUUGGAUCACGAAGAAUCGAUACCAUUUUAUGAUCACGUUUUAUUAGAUAAUCUAUUGAACGGAUUUCCUCAACAUGGUCCAGUUCGACAAUUUAUGGAACUAGUAUUGUUAGGUUUAUCACAAAAUCCCUACAUAACUGUACAACGUAAACGUGAAACAAUAGAAUUUUAUAAAAAUUUUUUUGAAGAAAAAAAUCUCCUUACGGAAAUUGAUGAAACAGAUUUAUAAAUUUCUUUUUAUUGUAUAAAUAAUAAUGUUGCAA